CUGUACCUAGCCCUAAAGUCUAUAUGUCUAUGGUCAUCAGCAACACGUGAUAUUGUAACCUACAACAGUGUCCUAAUUCAAAUGCAGGUGUCAGUACUUAUUUUUAAAUAUUAAUCCAAUCAUAAAAACACUACGAUGGGUAUUACUAAGCAAUAUCUGAAAUAUGUACCUGGUGGCAAUGUUAAUUUAAUUGCACACUCCAAUUGUAACGUUAUUUUUGUAACGUUAGAAGGUCAAGAGGGAAGAUUUGUUGCUGUGAGUGCCUGUGAACACGUAUAUAUUUGGGAUCUCAGACUUGGAGAAAAGGUACAAGUUUUGUCUGGAAAUGAAGCCAACGUAACACAUUUAGCAGCUUCACCUAACAAAAGACACAUUGCUGCAGGCUAUGAUGAUGGGUCAAUUAAAAUAUUUGACCUGCGAUCAGCAGAAAAUGUUAGUGUAUUUGUUGGACAUCGCUCAGAUGUUACUUGUUUAGCAUAUGAUCAUUUGGGUCAUCAUUUAGUCUCAGGUUCAAAGGAUACUGACAUCAUAGUUUGGGAUGUAGUCGCAGAAUCGGGAGUUUGUAGAUUAGUAGGACAUAAAAAUAUCGUCACACAAGUUGCAUUUAUGAAAGAUUACAACGUUGUUGUAAGUUCAAGCAAAGAUUAUUUGAUAAAAUUUUGGGAUGUCCAGAAUGAAUUUAAUUUUAAAACAGUAACUGGACAUCAAUCUGAGAUUUGGAGUUUUGUUCUUGUUAAAGAUGAUCAAUAUUUGAUCAGUGGCUGUAAUGACCGUGAAUUAUACAUAUGGAAAAUUGACUCAGCUGAUAUCUCUCAAAAAAAUAAAAAAAACGAUAUAUCUAGCCUUGUAUUAGAAAAUGAAGAUGACGACAAUGAUAUAAAGUAUCCUAUUCGCUGCACUAAAAUUGGUAAUAUUGUAAGAGCUGGCAAAGGUCGCGUAUUUUCUUUAGUUGUCGACUAUUCAGGACAAGUCAUAGGCUGUCAUGGCACAGACAAUACAAUAGAGUUAUUCCAUUUUCUGCCUACAGAACAAAUAGAAGACAAAAAAACUAGACGAAUAAAUAAGCUGAAAAAGAAAGCUUUAAAUGAUAAAACAUUACAAGAAAAAUUACAGGAGAUAGAAUUCGAUACAGUAUUAAAAGAUCAAAUCAAUCGUAUCCAAGUUAUUAAAGCUGUUGACAAAGUGAAGUCACUGGAUCUCAUAAUGGGAAGAGGAAACGAACUAAGGGUCAGCUCAAUUCUUAACAAUAACUCAAUCGAUCUUUAUUCUGUGGUACUUAAUGAUAAAACUGAAGAGCCUCAAACUUUAAGAUCCCUCAGUUCUCAUGGCCAUCGCACUGAAGUACGAGCUAUUUGUUUUAGUUCAGAUAGUUUGGCGUUUGCAACUGCUAGCGGAGAUUCGGUCAAACUUUGGAAUAGACCAACUCUACAGUGUAUUAGAACAGUUGAAUGUGGAUAUGUUUCAAGUAUAAUUUUUGCACCUGGUGACCGUUACUUAAUGGUGGGCUUGAAAGAUGGCAGAAUGGUAAUUGUUGAUGUAGCGGCGAAUGAAAUUCAAGAAGACAUACCUGCGCAUAAAAAUCAAUUGAAUAGCUUGUGUGUGUGGCCAAAAAAUGAUAACGUGAUAGGAAUUGUUAGUGGAGGUGACGACAAAGCUGUGAGGUUCUGGUUAUUCGACGAUGUUAAAAGUGCUGAAAAAGAAAGCAAAGCAAUCACUGUAGUGCACAAAAAAACACUUAAUUUCAAAGAUGCUGUGAAUUGUGUGAAGGUUUCACCUAAUGGUAGAUUUCUUGCGAGUGCACUGAUGGAUUCUACAGUAAAAAUAUGUUUUGUAGAGAAUUUCAAACCUUUCACGACUCUGUAUGGACAUAAAUUACCAAUAAAAUGUUUGGAUAUUUCAAGCGAUUCUACGCUAAUAGUAACCGGAUCUGAUGACCGUAAUGUUAAAAUCUGGGGUUUAGAUUUUGGUGAUUGUCACAGAUCGUUAUUUGCCCAUGACGAUUCUGUAACCAGUAUCGCUUUUGUGCCAAAAACUCAUUAUUUCUUUACCUGUGGCAAGGAUGGUAAAGUUAAAGAAUGGGAUGCUGAUAUAUACCAGAAAAUUAUCACAUUAAGGGGUCAUGUGGGUCAAGCAUUUAAUUGUGCAAUAUCACCUAAUGGCUGUUUUUUAGUUUCUUGUGGUUCAGACAAAGUUGUGCGUGUUUUUGAAAAGAGUUCUGAAAUCUUAGUACUUGAAGAUGAAGCAGAAGAGGAAAGGGCAAGACAAGAAAAUGAAGUAGUAACUGGUGAUACUACAGCUGUUCAAGGGCAAAAAAAUCAAAUUUUGCCUUCACGUAAAACAGUUAACAGUGAAAAAGCUGCUGAACUGCUUCUCGAAUGUUUAGAUGUAUGUCAAGCAUACAAAGCAGAGUGUGCCAACGUCAUACCACUCAGUCCUUUACCACCCUUACCUCUUUUAAUGCAAGUAUACAAGUGCAAAACUACAGAAGAAUUCUUACUAGAAACUGUGAAGAGAAUACGAGCCAGUGAUUUUGAUGAAGCCCUAAUGUUGCUUCCGUAUUCAGCUGUUUGUGAAAUUUUAAAAAUGUUACCUAAUCUUCUAAAAAGUUGUUAUCAAGCAGAAAUAAUAGCUAAAUUAACCUUAAGUUUGGUUCAGGCGCAUCAUGGGCCAAUCGUAGCUAGUCAAGAUUUACUACCUCAAGUGGAAGAAGUGAAAUCCUUAGCCCUUAAACAAGUAUCCAUGUUAAGGGAUACUCUUGGAUUUAAUAUUUAUGGUAUGGCAUACAUGCAACGAGUAAUUGAAGAAAAGGAAGGAAUUAAAUUAUUUAAAGAAGCCCAAAAAUCUCAAAAAAAGAAGAAUGUUAAACGAAAAAAUAAAGAAAAAGCUCUUAAACGAGCUAUCAUGACUCUAUAA